GUUAAGUGUUUUGAAAUUGUGAGUUCUUUUGUCCGUAAAAGUAGGAAAUUCCAGACACCUUUUUUCCCCUUCAAGGUAUCUUGAAUCUGCUUCUACCCUUCAUUGCUUUUAAUUCGACUUUGAUGUCCACUUUGAAAAGAUGAGACCCAUUUUGAUUUGAUUGUGUUCUUCUGUGAAGCGUCAGCUCAGUGCUGAAAACCUCUGCAUUUUGCUGGUGUUGUGAUAAUGGGAAUACGGGUUGUAUUUAUGUACAGUGUGGCUGUGCCUGUGUAGUGUGAUAGUGUUGUGUUGUACAAGGGUUGUACCUGACAGCACUGGGCAGAGUGCUUUAUCGACAGCAUUUCCAUUUUCAAUAGAGAGCCCACUGUUGUGGAGAUCGAGGAAGAUGAACAUCUUUUUGUUUUGAUUAAUCAACUAGAUUUCUGCCUAAUUGUUUUUUGGUGGCUGGAGAAUAUUGAGAAAUCAUUUCAGAAGAAGACAAAUAACCAACCAGGGAAGUUUGCUGGGGAGGAGAUUUAAAAUCCAGACGGUGAGGGCGUUGAGUUCCUAAGCUGCCUUUAGCUUUACGUGGGACAUUUCACACUACAGUAGGUAACUCACUCAUUUAACUAAACGGAGUAAAAAAAGGGAAGUUUGUAGAAUAGUGGAGGAUUUUAGAGUGGGACUUCUUUUCUAGGUUAAAUAAUGAUUUCAUGGGUAGUUUUUAUCAUGAAAAAGCCUCUCUGUGGUAAUGCAAGCUGGAGCCCUGGACAGCUCCACUUCCUCUCCUGUUUUGUAGUUGUGAAUAAAGAAAGCCGUGUUAAUACUAAUUUCCUAAAAGCUUUUGAUUUUUAAGACACCUCUGGAAAUUAAAAGGUAGUCGAGAAGUUUGGGACAAAAUUUAGAUUAUUCAUACUGAGUGUUUUGUUUUGAUUAUUUUUAUUCUGAAGCUUUUAGCUGAGACUAUAAACGAUUAUUACUUCUUAUUUGAUGGUGCUAUAAUUUAGGAUAGCUAUAAUUAACUUAAGGAAAAAGUGCAAAUUGAUCUUGAGGAUCUUAUUUGAGGUUAUUUCAUUAGUGUGCAUUCAGAUACACGAAGAUAACUUUUUUUUUCAAAGUUGUGUAAAUUUCGAAUUGCCACUGUUUUGUGGAUGUCUGUGUAAGCGAUGAAUGGUUAGACCGGUGGCAUUUGUAACAGUAAAAUUGUGUUUUGAUUAGUGGAUAGCAGAAACACUGGUUAUUAAUAUAUGUCAAUAACUUAGAACCUAAAAUCUAUCUGGAUUCAGCUGCUGUGUUCAUGGAAUCUGGAUUCUCGUGAGCAGAUGUUCAAGAUUCUUUGGAUGGGAAGAGACCUUGAAAGGACCUCUAGUUUAUCCUGCAACUUCAGUCAAUAUCCCACUUAAAUCAUCCCAGGUAAUAGAGAAGAGGAAACCUAAUCAAUGGCUGUGGAAUAAUAUGGAAGAAGAUGGAAAAAACUUGUUUAGUGGGUUGAAAGACUGGAGCCUUCCAUAAGACAUGGAUAGAUGCAAACAUGUCGGGCGGUUGCGGCUGGCCCAGGACCACUCCAUCCUGAACCCGCAGAAGUGGUGCUGCAGGGAGUGCGCCACCACGGAGUCCGCGUGGGCUUGUCUCAAGUGCUCGCACGUGGCCUGCGGCCGCUACAUCGAGGAUCACGCCCUGAAACACUUUGAGGACACUGGGCACCCGCUAGCCAUGGAGGUCCGAGAUCUGUACGUGUUCUGUUACCUGUGCAAGGACUACGUGCUCAACGAUAACCCCGAGGGGGACCUGAAGCUGCUCAGAAGCUCCCUCCUGGCGGUCCGCGGCCAGAAGCAGGACCCGCCGCUGAGGCGCGGCCGGACGCUGCGGUCCAUGGCCUCGAGCGAGGACGCCGUCCCGCCGCAGCGCGCUCCUCAGGGACAGCCGCAGAUGCUCACGGCUCUGUGGUACCGGCGCCAGCGCCUGCUGGCCAGGACGCUGCGGCUCUGGUUCGAGAAGAGCUCCCGCGGCCAGGCGAAGCUGGAGCAGCGGCGGCAGGAGGAGGCGCUGGAGCGCAAGAAGGAGGAGGCGCGGCAGCGGCGACGCGAGGUGAAGCGGCGGCUGCUGGAGGAGCUGGCCAGCGCCCCUCCGCGCAAGAGCGCGCGCCUGCUGCUGCACGCGCCGCGCGCCGCCGCCCCGCGGCCCGCCGCGCCGCGCGCUCCCGCCGCCGGCCGCCCCGCGCCGCGCCGCGCGCCUGCCAUCGCGCCGGGCGUCACGGGCCUGCGCAACCUGGGCAACACCUGCUACAUGAACUCCAUCCUGCAGGUGCUCAGCCACCUCCAGAAGUUCCGCGAGUGUUUCCUGAACCUCGACCCUUCCCAGACCCGACAGCUGUUUCCCAAGGCCCCCAACGGGAAGGCUCCGCUCUCGGGCAGGCCGGCCAGCAGCUCGGCUACGGAGCUGUCGGCCAGGAGCGACCGGGCCGAGUCGUGCGGGCGGGAGGGCCUCUGCUUCAACGGUGGGGCCUCCAUCAGCAGGAGCCUAGAACUCAUCCAGAACAAGGAGCCGAGCUCGAAGCACAUUUCCCUCUGUCACGAACUGCACACCCUUUUCCGUGUCAUGUGGUCCGGGAAGUGGGCCCUGGUGUCGCCCUUUGCCAUGCUUCACUCCGUGUGGAGCCUGAUCCCCGCCUUCCGGGGCUACGACCAGCAGGACGCGCAGGAAUUCCUCUGCGAGCUGUUGCACAAAGUGCAGCAAGAGCUCGAGUCCGAGGGCACCACGCGCCGGAUCCUCAUCCCCUUCUCCCAGAGGAAGCUCACCAAACAGGUCUUAAAGGUCGUGAACACCAUAUUCCACGGGCAGCUACUCAGUCAGGUCACAUGUAUAUCAUGCAAUUACAAAUCCAAUACCAUUGAGCCCUUUUGGGAUCUGUCCCUGGAAUUCCCUGAGCGGUAUCACUGCAUAGAAAAGGGGUUUGUCCCUUUGGAUCAGACAGAGUGCCUGCUCACUGAGAUGCUGGCCAAGUUCACAGAGACAGAGGCCCUGGAAGGGAGAAUCUACGCUUGUGACCAAUGUAACAGCAAACGACGAAAAUCCAAUCCAAAACCCCUUGUUCUGAGUGAAGCUAGAAAGCAGUUAAUGAUCUACAGACUACCUCAGGUCCUCCGGCUGCACCUUAAAAGAUUCAGGUGGUCUGGCCGUAAUCAUCGAGAGAAGAUUGGGGUCCAUGUCGUCUUUGACCAGGUAUUAAACAUGGAACCUUACUGCUGCAGGGACAUGCUCUCCUCUCUUGACAAAGAGACCUUUGCCUAUGAUCUCUCCGCAGUGGUCAUGCACCACGGGAAAGGGUUUGGCUCAGGACACUACACAGCCUAUUGCUACAACACAGAGGGAGGUUUUUGGGUCCACUGCAAUGACUCAAAGCUGAAUGUAUGCAGUGUCGAGGAAGUGUGCAAAACUCAAGCCUACAUCCUUUUUUACACACAAAGAACAGUUCAGGGCAAUGCAAGAAUUUCAGAAGCUCAACUCCAAGCUCAGGUGCAGUCCAGCAACAACGAUGAGGGCAGACCACGGACCUUCCCCUGAACGGGAGGCAUGUGUCAAGGACUGGCUUACUUUUGAACUGUUGGUGUUCAUCCAUCUUUCCUCUUAUAGGAAAUAAGGUCUAAUGCAGGAACAGAUUGCUAGGUUUGCCUCACUGGAACUACGGCAGAAGGUGCCAGGUGACUCCUGUCCUAUCAUACGAUCUGUAGUCACUUUCUUUUGAAUGGAUUUGGGAAUUCCCUCUUUGAUAAAACACAUCAAAAGGAGUAA